CUCAACUCGACUGCAGUUCUGCAGAUGGAAGGCGGACAGUAUAAGUCGCUCUAGGUAUCUUUUUUCCUCUCUCACUCUCUCCCCAGCAUGCAUGGGUUUUGUUUCUAGGAGAGGGGGACAGGGCUAAUGCAGAGAAAGCACUUACCUGACAUACUUUACCGAAGCCCUUUCUGAGAGUCAGAGCACAGUGUGGCACACAGUCUGCGGUCUGCAGCUGCAUAUGUUCAGUCACCACACGACUGGAUAGACUUUAUAAGACAGAGGGAAGAGACAGAGAGAGGCAGACAACAGGGUACACAGUGUAGAGUGGGUUAUUUUUACUGUCCGCGUUGUUUUAUCACCCACAGAACCUGGAAAUUUAACUUUUUUUUUUUUUUCCACAUCCAGCCUUUUUUAAGGCUACACUGGACUGAGCCGUUACCGAGUCCACCGCACAUCUCAGGAGUGAAUUAUUUCUUGCGUCUUUUUUUUUUUACUCAGCUCAAACUGUGAAGAGGGGGAAAAGAGCUGAGUUUGCUUUAAAGUGAAUCGGAGGAUCAAGAAAGAAAGAGAGAGGGAGAGAACGAGCAAGCACACCGCUCUCCCUCUGUCUUAUCUGUCUGUGUAAUCGGGCAGCAUGGUGCAGAAAAUGAGCCACACUGAGAGCACCGCUGAGGCGCUAUCCUUUUUCGCCGGGGACUCGAGCUCCGACUCCGGGGCGUGCAUGGACCUGGACCCAGCCGCAUCACCUCCCUCCCCGGGCUCCACCGCUUCUUCGACCGCCGGGGACAAGCUGGGAGACAACCCGGCAUGGUGCAAAACCCCCAGCGGCCACAUCAAGCGACCCAUGAACGCAUUUAUGGUCUGGUCGCAGAUAGAGCGGAGGAAGAUCAUGGAGCAGUCGCCGGACAUGCACAACGCUGAGAUCUCCAAGCGGCUGGGGAAGCGGUGGAAGCUGCUCAGAGACAGCGACAAGAUCCCCUUCAUCCGGGAGGCGGAGCGGCUCAGGCUCAAGCACAUGGCGGACUAUCCCGACUACAAGUACCGGCCGAGGAAGAAGGUGAAAUCGAGCGCCUCCAAACCUGGCGGCAACGGGGAGAAGGGAGAAAAACUCAGCAGUAGCUCUAACAACACCAGCACUAAGUCAUCCUCAUCUUCGAGGAAGAGCGGAUCCAAAUCACCCAGCAGCAGCAGCAGCAAACCCCACAAAUCACUCUUCGGGAGCAGCAGCAGCAGUAGCACCAAAGCAUCAUCCUUUUCCUCCGAGCACCCAUCCGAGCACCACCACAACUCCCUCUACAAGUCGAAAUCGGUCUCCUCGGCGGCCAAGCAGAUCCCGGACGGCAAGAAAGCCAAGCGGGUGUACGUUUUCGGAAGCAGCGGGGGCAACAUGAGCGUGAGCCCCGCGUCCUCCGUGGCGGUGCCGGCCAGCCCGACGCUCAGCAGCUCGGCGGAGUCUAGCGAUCCGCUCAGCCUGUACGAGGACGCGGCCAGCGGCAGGGAGGAGGGCGGGGAGUCACCCAGUAGCAGCGGCAGCUUGGGCGGCUCUUCGGAGCGACAUGGCCGGCACGCGUACGCCGCUCGGCGGGCUUCCUCCCCUACUCCCUCCGGCUCCCACUCCUCCGCCUCGUCCCACUCCUCCUCCUCAUCGGAGGAUGAAGAGUUCGAGGAUGACUUGCUCGACAUCAACCCGAGCCCCAGCUUCGACAGCAUGUCACUGGGGAGCUUCGGCUCCUCGGUGCUGGACAGGGACUUGGAUUUGAACUUUGAGUCCGGCUCUGGGGGCUCCCACUUCGAGUUCCCCGACUACUGCACGCCCGAGGUCAGUGAGAUGAUCUCCGGGGACUGGCUGGAGUCCACCAUCUCCAACCUGGUGUUCACUUAUUGAGUGAGCGAGAGGAGAAAUAAAGAAAAGAGGAGCGACAGGUAACGCCGACCUGCAAGCAAAAAUAAGAUCACAAACAGAGACAGGGGUUCCUGGUACAGUGGGCGCAAUAGUUUGUGUUGUCAGACCCAAUCCCACUAUUACUACCGUAACAAGGUGCCCUUUCCUCGUUCAGAGCCGACAAAGAGCUUCGCGCCCCUGGAAAACUAAACUUUAAAGCGAAUAACUUGCUUUUUGUACUAUUUCUUUGGAUGCGUGGACUGUGGGACUUGGUUACAAGUAGGAAAGCGAGGGGAGAGGAAAACAAGAGGAGAGAGAGAGAGAGAAGCGGAGAGAGGCUGACUGGGUUUCCUAUUGAGAGAAACGCUCAGUCCCGAACUGUUUUGAACUGAACAACUAAACUGUGAUUGAUUUGCACGUUACACGGUCCGCCGUUCACUUAAUCAAUGUUAACGUUGAUAAAAAGGGACAUUUCACAACUUUUACCAAUCGCCAAGUGAACUUCACCACUAAAAAGAGGUACAGAAAUAGGACUGUCGUGCGACAUUUUUAAUUGUGGUGUGUCACCGAGAUGGAUUUUUUAAAAAUGAAACCGAGGUGGGUUGAUGUUUUUUUUUUUUUUUUUUUUUUUUUUUUUAAAGUCGAAUAUUUUCUCAAAAAGCAAAAAACCAUGGUAAGCAUGAUAGCCUACUCUGUUCCUAUCUUGUGCUGAGAUUUUCUGUAAGACUGUCGAGCAGUUAAAAAAAAGGUAGUGUUAGGGUUAUUUAAAUGGAUAGGUGGCGCUCGCUUCGGUUCUUCUCUUUAAAAAAAAAAAAAAAAAAAAAGGACAUUGAAAUAAUCACCAGCUGUUGUAAUUCUUCAAACUUCAGGAUUCAAACGCAACUUCAAAUCUGUGCUGAACUUUAUACACUUAUUCAGGACCAAAAUUCUUCUUUUAUGUUAAUUUCAGAUGUUAUAGAGAAAUCCUUGCCGAUUUUUCAUCCUCUGAGCUUUGUUUUUGUACAUUUAUUCAGAUGCCAUUUUAUAUGGGAUGUCGUAUUUAUAUACCGGGCCAAGCAUUUUUGACUUGAUCAUUAUUUUUUAUUUCUUUUAUACAUGGUCUAGUCAUGUUUUUUUUUUUUUCUUACACGGUUUCCCUGUCUGUCCGUGCGUCUCUGUCUGUCCCGUUUCCUUCUCAGGCGAAGGGCUAGAGUUUUAAAAACACAACUUUUUGAGUUCUUUUUAUAUUUAAAUGUACACAGUUUUGGACACUUAAAAAGAGAGGAAACAGUUUGAUUAUUUUCUCAGUGUAUUUUUGUACAAAUCUAUAUCGAAGAAGGGGGUGUCAACAAUCGGUGUGUGUAGCCUACUAAUACCGCUGUAAUGGAUUUCCUAAUUUUAAGACCUCGGCUGGCUGGUUGUCAUGCUGCCUUCAAGUGCUGCUCGUGAACUCGUACUUCCGAGCUUUUUGUCGCCCAUUUAAAGUGCGUCUUUUAGAGUGAAAAAAAAACUGCGACAAAAUAGUGUUCAUUAUUAUAUUUAGAAAACAAAUAGCUUCACAGAGCCACUUGUACUGCAGGGAACAAAUGAUGAGUUAGAGGAUGUGCACCAAGCCUGUAAUUUUAAUUUAUUGUCCAGCAUUGUUGUACAGGACACCAUUAGUAUCAAAUGGUGACAAGGCUUCCAUGCGUGUGCAUCCUGAGCAUCACUUGUUUGGGUAUGAGGAAAGAGGCAUACUUUACCAAUUGCAAUUAACCUGUCACCAUGUGUGGCGAUUCGUGUGUUCUUAACUCGCGAAUAUGAUUUUUCCGACGGCACUUGAAAGCAGCACCAGUCUUUUGAAUCAGCCUACCGUUCACGUUUACAAUGCCAGUCUGCAGGCUUCUUAAAGACACAGGAACACAUUUUGUCUAUAGGCUACCCCUGUGGAACAUGUGCUUUCAACAGCAUCGGUAUCUUCAGCAGCCACUCCUUUUUGCAUUUCCUGUCAGAUAUCUUGCCUAUGACAACAAAUGAGGAGAUUGUAGCUUUAAAUUUGACUUAUUUCCUGGUGUUUUCUUUUAAUUGAUGUCAAAUUUUGCCAAUCAACCACUGGAUUGAACGGGCUAUCAAUCAAUAUAACAAGCAAAACAGCAACAAUGACAGCAACAAGCAUAUUCAAAUUGCUGACUUGAGUUCCGCAACAACUAAUUGUACUGCGUUUCUCAUUGUAUUUGAAUAUAUAAUCUUUUCUACUUGUCGGCUAACUAUUAGCUAAUAAUUGUUUUAGUAUCUUUAUGGCAUGGUGAAUAGCAUUUGUAUUUCAGAUUCAGGUUAUUAGCUGUUGUGUUUUUAAGAAAAAAAGAUAAAAAAUGAGGAAAAAUGAUGAAACGUGAAAUUGAUCUUUGUAUAUUUGACUGUAUCAUAAAGCAAAAAGAUUGUGUGUUUAUGUACGUCGUUGCUAUCAAGGACAGGCACUGUCUAGAACUGCUAUCUUUUACACAUCCUUACUUACGUUUAAGAUGGUCGGUUCAGGACUCUUUUUUUAUAUAUAUAUGAAAGCAUUUUUAAAUAUAUUAACUUUAUUUUUCAUCCAUCCUGUGCAAUAUGCUGUGUAGAAUUAUCAUUUUAUUGUCUCUAAUCAUGCCAUAAACAAAGCAACCACCCUUUUUUUUUUGGAGAUGUGGAGAAAGGGGGGAGAAACUCAUGCCAGCUAAAUUGUGUCCAUUCACUGCCUGUCAGAUUGUUGAUAUAAACUUGUGUACAGAACUUUUUUCAAGGAAGGAAAUAAAUAUCAGCUGGAACUGAAA